AUGGACUGUCCCGUAUCCAAGGUCGAGCCUGGAGAGGAGAUUUGUUCCCUCCUGGAUGAGUACUGCUACUACUGCGGAAGCGAGGAUUUCCAGAGCCUGGGGACUACGUUCUCGGAGGAUUUCCACGGCCUCUUCGCCGGGAACGCCUUCUACGACGGCGGCGGCGACGUGGCUCUGCCCGGACAUCUGACCGCCGGCGUGGUACAGACCCCGCCGCCGCAGGCGGUCCUUGAUGCCGUGCCUCUGGCCGCCUUCCCGCCGCUUAACGGUGUAGCACACGACCUUACCGCUGGCGGCGAGACCCAGAAACGCUCAGCGAACAGGAAGGCUGGCGGGAAGAGCCGCAAGAGGCCCCACGUUGUGAAGGGCCAGUGGUCCGUAGAAGAAGACAGGUCAGCCCCCCCCCCCCCUCUCUCUCUCUCUCUCUCUCUCUCUCUGUAGUUCUAUGUCUCUUUUCCUCUCUCUCUAGUUCUCUCUCAUUCUCUCUCCUGUGACACUCUCUGAAUUGGUGUUGGGUUUUGUGAGGAAGGACGCUGGCGAGGCUGGUGGAGGAGCACGGCGUGAGGAGGUGGUCCUUCAUAGCGCAGAACCUCAACGGCAGGGUGGGGAAGCAAUGCAGAGAGAGGUGGCACAAUCAUCUCAGACCCAACAUCAAGGUUCUUCACUCUCUCUCUUGCUCCCUUCAGAUCUCUCUUUCUCUCUCUCUCUCUCUCCCUCCUCUCCCUCCUCUCUCUCCAUCUCUUGCUCCCUUCAGAUCUCUCUCUCUCUCUGUGUCUCUGUGGCCGGUUGGUUUCAGGGGCAUCACGAAGGAAGGUGGUGCAACACGAGGAACCAAAGAAACUCUAUAGGGGAAGACGAUGCAGCCACAACAACGCUAAAGACAAAAAAAAAGUGAUUAAAAAUUAACUAAUUAUAGAAAAUCGAUUGAACCCUCUUAAAUCCAAUUUUUUAAGACUAAUGGAAAAAUUAAAAGAUUAAUUUUUUCCUUAAAAUCCGCAUAUUUAUUUAUCCACAUAUUUAAAGAAACUGUAUAUCCACAUAUUUAUUUAUUUAUUUAUUUGAAGGCCCCAUUCUCCAUAUGACGCCGGAGUGUGCGUAUGUCUGUCGUUCAGAAGGACACGUGGAGCGAGGAGGAGGACCGGAUCCUGAUCGAAGCACACGUGGAAGUGGGGAACAGGUGGGCGGAGAUCGCCCGGCGCCUGCCCGGGAGGACGGAGAACUCCAUCAAGAACCACUGGAACGCCACCAAGCGCCGCCAGUUCGCUCGCCGCCGCCAACGCAGUUCCUCCUCCAGGAACCCCCGCCCCAGCUCCCUCCUCCAGGACUACAUCAGAAGCCUCCAACCCGCCGCCGACCCGCCGCCGCCGCCAUCCAGCUCCGGCGCCGCCGCGGUGGGGGAGGAGGUCACCGGCGGCGGGGGGGAGCAGCUCCUGCUGCUGCCAAUGUUCGAUCUCAGCGACGUGCCCGAGUUCCUCCUCGACGACGGGGGGAUCUUCUCCGGUGUGGCUGGCGGCGGUGGGGGGGCGGCGCCGCUCGUCGGACCCCUUUGGGAGGAGGAGGAGGCGGCGCCGCCGGUGUUGGGGGAGUGUGACGACGUGAAGAGGGAGAUGGACUUGAUGGAGAUGAUGAUCGCCCAAGGCGGGGGCUGCUUCUGCUUCUGA